CGCAGGAUCCGGUCCUUCGAGGGUCUGUGUCAGUGGAAGCGCGUGCUAGACAGGAGCGCAGAGCGCAGCAAGGCUGGAUAGGACGCACCGCCCCGGCGCAUGUCUCUGCUGCUUCAUCCCCUUCUCCUCGUCGGUUGGAGCGGAUGCUGGAUGCCAGCGAGCCCCGAGUCCAGACUGCACCUCUGAGGGACCCAGCAUGGACAGUCUCGGCAGCCGCUGUAAGAUCGUGGUGGUGGGAGACACUCAGUGUGGGAAAACCGCGCUGCUCCACGUCUUCGCCAAAGACUGCUAUCCAGAGACCUACGUGCCCACCGUCUUCGAGAACUACACAGCCAGCUUUGAGAUCGACAAGCACCGGAUCGAGCUGAACAUGUGGGACACGUCAGGCUCGUCUUAUUACGACAAUGUGAGGCCGCUGGCGUAUCCGGAUUCUGAUGCAGUUCUUAUCUGUUUUGACAUCAGCCGUCCAGAGACGUUGGACAGUGUCAUCAAGAAGUGGCAAGGAGAGACGCAGGAGUUUUGUCCCAACGCUAAGAUAGUGCUGGUGGGCUGCAAGUUGGACAUGAGGACGGACGUCAACACGCUGAGGGAGCUGUCCAAGCAGCGCCUCAUACCUGUCACCCACGAGCAGGGGAGCACCAUCGCCAGGCAGAUCGGAGCAGUGGCCUACGUGGAGUGCACCUCCAAAGUCUCGGAGAACAGCGUCCGGGACGUGUUCCACAUCACCACGCUGGCGUCGGUACGACGGCCGCACAAGCCACAGCUGAAGCGCAGCAGCUCCCGCAGGGGUCUAAAGCGAGUGUCCCAGCUACCCCUCCCACCCCUGCCGGGUCGGACUGAACAAAUGGACCAGGCGCCCGCCAUGAGGAAGGACCGUGCCAAGAGCUGCGUGCUCAUGUAGAGACCCGCACUAACUGUGUACAUAUAUAUAAAAAAAAAAAAGCAGAAAUAUAUAACAGAGGAAGUCUAUUUAUUGUUUUGGCCUCAUAUUUUAUUUUUUUGCAAUACAGAGGAGCUAGGAAAGAGAUGUCUCUGCUUUUUAUUAUUUUUGGUAAUGUGUGCAUAUAUAUAUUUUGGGCGACUAAAAGACGAUGGACGCCCAAACCCGUUUGUCAGGGGACAUCUGCUGAAGAACUGCUUUUGCAUAUUAAAAUUUUGCAUAUUUUAAUAUCCAAAAUGGAUGUUAAAAUGGAGCAGAUUUUCCCUGGAGCUAGUGAGGAGAGAAGGUGUCGGAGACGGACUCCUGUUCUUGAGGAGAGACAUCAAGUGAGUCUGCAAAGGACGACCUCAGAGAUCUGCAGCCUGAGAUGAGAUUUUGGGGACUGUUGUCACAGUAUGUGUGUGUGUGUGUGUGUGUGUGUGUGUGUGCGUGUGUGUCUAGAUGGUACUACCACAAGUGCAUUUUUUUGACAGGAAGAAAAAGAAGCCAAGAUCAGUCUGAUCCUGCUUACCUGAUUUAACACUCUUUUCUCUGUCAACUCUGAUGGUGUCACUUUCAUUCACUGCUGCUCAUUAAAAAAAAAGAUGUUUUCUGUGUGGAAAGUAGUGUGGUGACAAUGUUGGGGUGAUUUUUGCUGUACUUUCACUGACGUCUCAAAUAAAGCUGACUCUUUUAGGUGAGAGAUCA